AUGCACUAUCAAUUGUUGAAUUGCACUGCCCUGGAUAGAAGUAGAAGUUGGCAUCCCUUGUAUUCUUUUGGUGAACAAUAGUGCCAUGCUUUUCAUGUUUGGUAAAAAUGAAGUCCUUGUUUGGAAAAACUUUUAGUCUUUAGUGUUUGGUGAAGUAGACAUAUAAUACAGAAGCUUACGAGGUGAACGAAUAGAAUGGAAACUACAAGGCGGUGGUUUUGUAAGUUCAAGUCAAAUGAUAAAAUGAAGUCUGAAAAAAACAAGGAAACUGCUGGCAUGACCAAAGAAGGGUCAAAACCCCCAACAAAUGAAGAAGCACCUUCAAAUGUAACCAAACAGAAGGUUGAAGCUGCAAAGCAGUACAUAGAAAAUCAUUAUAAGAAGCAGAUGCAAAGCCUGCAGGAGAGGAAGGAAAGGUAUCUUUAUUUUAUAUAUUUUGGGUCAUGAUGACAAUCCAAUCUAAUGUUCUUUAAUAGUUUGGUACCAGAUGAAGUAAUAGUAACAGGCUUAUUGUCAUCUGUGAUCUGAGCUGGUUGAAAUAAGUGAUUUCCUUCUUGCCCUUGCUUUUUUUGUUGCCAAACAAGUAUUCUUCCACUAUGGAUUCUGGAAUAUAGUUUUGUAUGACAUUGUCUUUUAUUGUCUCUGAUGUGAUAUAUUAUGUGCAAAUACCUAAUGCAAAUGGAAUGUUUUAAGUCUUUAAUUAGGCCUCAAUUGAUUGUUUUUGUAGACGUAAUAUGCUUGAAAAGAAGUUGGCUGAUGCUGAAGUCUCUGAGGAAGAGCAAAACAACUUGCUCAAGUAUUUGGAGAAAAAGGAGACGGAAUACAUGCGCCUUCAGAGACAUAAGAUGGGGGCUGAUGACUUUGAGCCCCUAACUAUGAUUGGGAAGGGUGCAUUUGGAGAGGUUAGAAUAUGCCGGGAGAAGGCAACUGGUCAUGUAUAUGCUAUGAAGAAGCUUAAGAAAUCAGAGAUGCUUCGUAGAGGCCAGGUUGAGCAUGUCAAAGCUGAGAGAAACUUACUUGCUGAAGUAGACAGCAAUUGCAUUGUAAAACUUUAUUGUUCCUUUCAAGAUGAAGAGUAUUUAUAUCUCAUAAUGGAGUAUUUACCUGGUGGAGAUAUGAUGACGUUGCUCAUGCGGAAGGAUAUACUGACAGAAGAUGAGGCCAGGUUCUAUGUUGGAGAGACUGUCUUAGCCAUAGAGUCAAUUCAUAAACAUAAUUAUAUUCAUAGAGAUAUCAAGCCUGACAACUUGCUGCUAGAUAAAAAUGGUCACAUGAAAUUAUCAGAUUUUGGAUUAUGUAAACCGCUAGACUGCAGUAAUCUUCAAGAAAAGGACUUCUCUGUCGGAAUUAACAGAAGUGGAGCCCUCCAAAGUGAUGGACGUCCUGCUGCUCCUAAACGAACACAACAAGAACAACUGCAGCAUUGGCAGAAAAAUCGACGAAUGCUUGCCUAUUCUACAGUUGGAACUCCUGAUUAUAUUGCUCCAGAAGUUCUGCUGAAGAAAGGAUAUGGCGUGGAAUGUGAUUGGUGGUCUCUCGGAGCUAUCAUGUAUGAAAUGCUUGUGGGGUAUCCACCCUUUUAUUCAGAUGAUCCAAUGACGACUUGUAGAAAGAUAGUAAAUUGGAGAACAUUUUUAAAAUUUCCAGAAGAAGUUAAACUAUCAGCAGAGGCUAAGGAUCUUAUUUGUAGACUCCUAUGUAAUGUGGAGCAGAGGCUUGGAACCAAAGGAGCUGAUGAAAUAAAGGCUCACCCAUGGUUCAUAGGUAUUGAAUGGGACAAAUUGUACCAAAUGAAAGCUGCUUUCAUACCUGAGGUCAAUGAUGAAUUAGAUACUCAAAAUUUUGAGAAGUUUGAAGAGGUGGACAAGCAAACCGCACCUUCCUCAAAGGCAGGGCCGUGGAGAAAGAUGUUGCCGUCAAAAGAUAUUAACUUCGUUGGUUACACAUACAAGAAUUUUGAAAUCGUGAAUGAUCAUGAAAUACCUGGAAUUGCUGAAUUGAAGAAGAAGAGCACAAAACCUAAAAGGCCGUCUAUUAAGUCCCUAUUUGAUGAUGAAUCAGCUAUGGCUGCCAAUCAACCUGUCAGAGGGAGCUUCUUAAACCUCUUACCUCCUCAAACGGAAGUUCCUGAAAAAAGUGAAUCACAAUGAUCUACUCUAAUAGUUUACAGGACUUCUUGAUGGCCAUGGACAUGAUCAAAUGUUGAUGACUACUGAUUGUUUUGAUCUUUCUCACAUUCUUUUUGUUAGAUUUGAAGCCAGGGCCCUGAAAUUUCUGGUUUUGGUUGGCUGACUGGGAUAUUAUCUGUGUAGAAAAAUCUUUAAAGGUGUACAUUCUUUAAUUCACCUUUUAUCAAGCUGCAAUGUGUUAAAUAUGAUAGUUAUUUCCUGUAAUUAAGUUACUGAUGAAGUUGAAGCACUGAUAAGGAUGUGCAAUUCACACAUUUUGUACUAUACAUAGAGAUUGAUUUGUCUGUAGGCUAACAUUCUGUUAUUUAACAUCAGGGUCCAAACUUAACAACUGAAAUCGUGCCUUCACAUUCUAGUCUUUUUUCUGUAUCUUUAUUUAAUGACAUUCAUAAUAGAAGUUUAAAAAGUUGCAGAGUAUUGGGCCUUAUAUUUG